GGUUGGCGGCAGGCCCCGCGCUCCUGGCGGCCGCGGCCUGAGGCUCCCUCUCCCCAGCGCAGGGACCCGCGCGCCUCACCAUGGGGCCCCUAAGCCGGGACGUCUGGGCCCAGCGCCUGGGGGCCUUCCGGGCCAGCCCGUCCGCCUUCAUGGCAGGUCCCGAGGCGGAGGAUUUGGGUCGCGACCUGCUGGGCGACCUGAGGAGUGAGAAGCUGAGCGAACAGACCAAGGUUUCCCUGCUGGCCCUGAGUUUGGAGUACCCAGCCCAGCUGUGGCCCGACGCCUCUGCGGCCGAGGUGGCUGCCACCUCCCUGUUGGACACCCUGGUCCUCCUACCCCCGCGGCCCUCAGCUCUCCGCCGGCCCCUGCUGCUGGCGGCCACCACAGCCCUGGCGGUGGGCGGCGCACUAGGCCCCACCUCGGGCGCCUCCUGCCGGCUUCUGCCCCUACUUCUCGGCCUGGCCGCGGGCAGCGAUCUGGGGCGAGGUUUUGUCCCCGCCUCGGAACAGCGUCCCUUGCAGGCCACCGCCUGCGAGUGUCUGCGAGAGCUAGAGAGCUGCAAGCCCGGGCUGCUUGGGGGCUCCCUGGGGCUGCUGCGGGGCCUGCUGGGGCAGGAGGGCCCUGUCCAGCCGCUCAGCCUGCUGCUGUCCCUUGCCUUGCGAAACACCCUGGUGCUCCAGUCCCGGGCUGGGGCUGGCCUGGGGGCACUGCUCACGGCUAGAGUUUCCCCAACUGGGGGUGGUCCCUGGGAUUGGACACUAGUGGAGGAGGGCGAUGGACGCCUUCAGCCCCAGGCACCCAGCUGGCCGGUAGCUGAGGAGGGAGAGGGGGAGCCUAGCCUUACAGCACGAGAGCACAGCCCUGAGGAGGCGCGGGAGCUGCGGGCUGCGGUGGCCCAGCUUCUAGACACCUCCUAUCUACUCACUCCUGUGGCCCAGGCCCAGCUCCUGUGGCUGCUGGGCUGGGCCCUGCGGGGUCUUCAGGGACAGCCACCAGCACUCUUCAAGCCACAGCUGGUACGGCUGCUAGGCACAGCACAGCUGACACUGCUGCACGCAGUGCUGGCGCUCAAGGCGGCCUUCGGCGAGGCCCUGUUCACAGCCCAGGAUGAAACGCUGCUGCUCCGCCGGCUCACCUUGGCCGCCCAGCACCCUGCUCUGCCUCUGUCCACCCAUCUCUUUUACCUGCACUGCCUCCUGAGCUUCCCUGAGAACUGUCCACUGGGCCCCGAAGGUGAGGAGGCCGCCCCACUGCUGCUACGGCCCCAGCUAUGCCGUGGUCUCCUGCCCAGUCUGCUACAUGAGCCGAUGGCCCUCCUGGCCCGCCUGCAUUUGUUGUGCCUGCUCUGUGCCGAAGACGAAGAAGAGGAGGAGAAAAGCCAGCUUCCAAGCCCAGGGCACUACCUGGAAGAGCUACUGGCUGGCUUGUGGCAGAGGGCAGCCCUGGAAGGAGGCCCCCGGGCCUUGGCCACUCUCUGCUUCCAGGCCUCAUACCUGGUUGCCCGCUGCCUGGCUGGGCAACCUACGGUGCUGACCCCCUUGAUCCACGGACUGGCCCAGCUGUACCGAGCCCGGCCCAUGCUGGCUCCCCACUUUGUGGACCUCUUGGAUCACGUGGACCCUGAGCUGAGGGAGCCCCUGAAGGUGGUGUUGCGGCAGGAGGUGGUGUCCAGGCCAGGCAGGGAUGAAGCUCUUUGCUGGCACCUGCAAAUGUUGGCAAGGGUGGCAGAUGGAGAUGCCCAGAGUGCUACCCUCAACUUUCUACGGGCUGUGGCUGCGCACUGCACGAGCUGGGACCUACAGCAGGGCCUGCUGCAGGUCUGCCGGGCACUGCUGCGGGCAGGGGUGGGGGGUGGCCUGGUUGACUUGCUGCAGGUACUGGCCAGGCAGCUGGAGGACCCUGAUGGGUGUGACCACGCCCGACUCUACUACAUCCUCCUGGCACACCUGGCAGGACCCAAGUUGGGGGUGGCCCUGGGCCCCUCCCUUGCUGCACCUGCACUGGCCUCUUCACUGGUGGCUGAGAACCAGGGUUUUGUGGCAGCACUGAUGGUGCAGGAGGCCCCGGCCCUGAUACGGCUGAGCGUAGGGUCCCAUGAGGUCAAGGGCCCACUGCCAGUGCUGCAGCUCCUGCCAGAGGCGCUGGAGCCCAUCUACUCUCUGGAGCUGCGCUUCCGCGUGGAAGGACAACUAUAUGCACCCCUAGGGGCUGUCCAUGUGCCCUACCUGUGUCCUGGCCGCCCUGCCCGCCCUCUGCUCCUGCCCCUGCAGCCCCGAUGCCCAGCCCCAACACGGCUGGAUGUCCACGCCCUUUACACUACAUCCACUGGUCUCACGUGCCAUGUCCACUUGCCACCCCUGUUCGUGAACUUUGCCGACCUCUUUCUGCCUUUCCCGAAGCCGCCAGAGGGGGCCGGUCUGGGCUUCUUUGAGGAGCUCUGGGAUUCCUGCCUGCCAGAGGGUGCUGAGAGUCGUGUCUGGUGUCCACUUGGGCCACAGGGCCUGGAGGGCUUGGUGUCUCGCCACCUGGAGCCUUUCGUGGUGGUGGCCCAGCCCCCUACCAGCUACUAUGUAGCGAUUCACCUUCCCCCGGACUCAAAGCUGCUGCUGAGGCUGGAGGCAGCCCUGGCAGAGGGAGUGCCUGUGGCCCUGCGGACCGAUGACUGGGCCGUGCUGCCCCUGGUGGGGGACUACCUCCGCGGGCUGGCGGCUGCCGUCUGAGCCCCAGGAGGCCAGGUGGGGCAGGACUGUGGCCCUUGUGGGGGCCAGGGCACACUCCUGUGGCUCUUUUCCCCAAAACCCUGCAUUCCCCAGUGCCCUCGCUGGCUUGUUUUCUUCUGGGCCCUGGUUGGGAGCAGGCUCAUGGGGGUGAGGGUCUUAGUCUGUUUUUGCUGCUUUAGUAAGAUACCUGAGACUGGGUAAGUUAUAAUAAACAGAAAUGUAUUGGCCCACA